AUGGGAAGUUCGAAGCCCUCCCGCACGGCAAAGUCCGCCGCUCCACCGCCGCAACCCCUACCAUUGAAAACCUUCAUCGUCGACAAUGGCGCAUAUACCAUGAAGGCUGGCUAUGCGCCUGAUCAACCAAGUGCUGAAUCUCUCGAUGCGUGCCUGGAGAUUCCAAAUGCACUAGCUCGAACGCGUGACAGGCGCGUCUACAUCGGUGCCCAACUCUCAACGCAGAUAUCGGACUGGAACGAGGUAACAUUCCGACGUCCCGUUGAGAAAGGUUAUGUGGUGAGUUGGGAAGCAGAGAAGGAAAUUUGGGACCACACUUUUUUUGAUGCUGGUACGGCACGCAAGCCGGAGGUGCGUUGUGCAGAUCCGGAGAAUACGACUUUGGUCUUCACGGAGGCACCGAAUGCGAUGGCUGCGUUGCAGAAGAAUGCUGAUGAGAUUAUUAUGGAAGAGUGGGGGUUUGGGGGAUAUGUGAGAUGUAUUGGACCAACACUCAAUGCCUGGAAUGAAGUUCAUUCGCUAUUCGGAGAUCCAGCGACCUCAGAUCCGAAUUCUAGUGUUUCUCCCAUUGAAUGCCUUCUCGUCAUUGAUUCUGGAUACUCACAUACCACUGUCACGCCCGUCUACAAAGGACGACCGCUCCAGCGUGGUAUUAGACGGCUAGAAAUUGGUGGGAAAUAUCUUACGAAUUUCCUCAAAGAGCUAGUUUCAAUUCGACAGUACAACAUGCUUGACGAGACAUAUAUAAUAAACGAAGUCAAAGAAACCGUCUGUUUCGUCAGCAAUGAUUUUACCGCAGACCUAGAACGAACGUGGAAGGGGAACGGGAAACGAAACUCCCACGGGAGUAAUGGCGCUGAAGGGAUCGUGGUGGACUACGUUCUUCCGGAUCCAAAUUCACACAAGAAGGGCUUCGUGCGCCCACAUGAGAGUGUUCUGUCUGGUAAGAAAAGGAAAGAACUUUUAUCAGGCUCCGCACCAGGAAUGAUGGCCGAAGACCUCUUGGUGCUUGGAAACGAGCGGUUUACUGUGCCUGAAAUACUGUUUAACCCAGGAGAUAUCGGUAUGAAACAGUUGGGAAUUCCUGAAAUCGUGAUGCAGUCAUUAUCUGUGCUUCCAACGGGCUUGCAUCCCGCAUUUCUGGCAAAUAUUAUGGUUGUCGGGGGAAAUUCGCUGAUACCGGGUUUUAUGGAACGACUGGAAACUGAACUCCGGAAACUCGCCUCAACGGAAUGCGUUGUGCGUGUUAAAAGGCCAGAUGACCCCAUACGUUCUACCUGGCUAGGAGGAUCUAGGUUUGCCAGCAAUCGGGAGGCCUUGAAAGAAGUCGCUAUAACACGCCAGCAAUACCAGGAACAUGGCUCUGUCUGGGCGGGAAGAAGGUUUUCUGGGACCUAG